UCCACUCGCGAGUUCCAUCGAGAUGAAGCGAGCCAGCUUCACGCGUGCACGCGAGAUUUUUUACUGCGUCUUGAUACUUGAUGUUUCCGGGUGACGAUUCGAAGCGAGGGGAAUAUCAACGUAAUCCAAACGUUUUCCUUACUUUUUCUCAAGUGUUUGUCGUUAUUCUCGAGUGCUCGUUACGCGUUUUUCUUCGAAAACUUAGGUAAAAAUAAAAGUGAUAGACGUGAUUAUAUAUAAAUUCAUACACACGCUUCGUGCUCUUAUGGUCUAAAGUUGGGUGAACGUGUUGUACGCGGUUAUGCAAAGUUUCUUUACGCUCUUAGUUAAAAAUUUCUAUUCUUAAAAAAAACUUCAGUUUGCGCGUUGCGAAAGAUUGUUAUGCGCGUUGAACGGCGUAAUUCGUGUAGAUGGGCGUAAUUUCUAUCUGCGUUUUAUCGGUGAAGAUACGCCGAAAAGCCGUGGUCGAGUACAAGCGUGGUCCAAGAAUAUCCUCGUUGCUCGAGGCACGCAAGGGCAGCCAAAAGUUCAACAUCCUCGACGAAAGCAACGUUUGCUUUCCCCCUAAGUACCUCUAAUCACUCUGCAAACGUUAAACACGAAAUUCAUGGAAGGGAAUUGGUUGGCUGGAAGAAAGUCGAAGUCCGGUGUGAACGCGCGCGAAGUUUACCAACACCGGAAUCGUUCUACUUGGAGCGAAAAUAGAGCGCUUUUCGGCUGUCUCCUUCCCUCUCGCCGUGUACGUGCGUUCACCCUCGUUCGACCUAAGAAUAUCUCGUUGGAGGACAGCGCAGCGUGGAGCGAGCCUUUUCUUGCUCUGUAAUCGGCGUCAAGCAGUGAGAUGUAGCCGACCAAACUGCCGCUGUGUUUCCAUUCCUGUCAAAUAUACUUAAAGGGGGCCGCGACUCAAAGGGAAAGUCAUCUCGAACUGGUGAUUUUAUUUCGUAUUAUUCCACCAUCGUAUAUAUAUAUAUAUACUCUCGCGUUAUCGUCGAAAUUUUCGUGAAAUUUCGCGCAAAGUGUCACGUUGAAUAAAUCGUUAACCUGGGAAAAAACAUUGGUCUAAUCACCGAUUAACUAUAAAACACAUCGGGCGAAUAUCAAUGUAAAGAAGAAUAAAGUACAACGUGGGGUUGCACGGAUUAAUGAACGUGAGUUUCAACGAUCGAAAUGCGUACACGUGGUGCCAAAACGUUUUGGCGCGCUUGUAAAUCGUUUCUAUCCAAUUAAUAUCGAAGAACAAAAACGAGGAAGGAUCGAAGAGCGUGCAUCGAGACCUGGCAUCGAAGUCUGAGUUCUCGAAGGAAACUUCCCCUCGCAUCCGGUGGCCCGAGCGGAAGAAGCAUGAACAGUUGAAAAAUUAUUUUUAUCCCGGGAACCGGUUUCGACGAGCGGUGCGUGACUCCAAAGGCGGUCCAGAGUCUGAAGAAGAUGGGCCAGUGAAAUUCAUUGCACCCCUUUCCGGCUGUCCAACGAUCGAACAAAUGUCGAGGAUGCUGCGACUGGAGCUGGUGGGACUCGUGUUGCUGGCCUGCACCCAGAUACUCACGGAGCAUCGCAAUAUUUACGAAACCAGAUCGCUGUACGGUUAUCGGUCCAAGUUUCUCGAUCCCCCCGAACGGUUUACCAGAGAGGUGCGGGUGAAGCAGGGUCGUUUACGAGGAAUCGUCGUGCAGCCGAGGACCAAUCACGAUCUACAGCCCGUCGAUGUUUUUCUGGGAGUGCCGUACGCUGAGCCCCCGGUCAAUUUCUUGAGAUUCUCGCCACCGAGAUCGCCGGAGCCGUGGCGCGGCACAAGAGAAUCGCAGGAAUUUGCACCCGUUUGCCCCCAAGUGGUGCCAAAAUUGCAGGACGAGAUGAAGCCGGUCAGAUACGAGUAUCUUGAGAGGCUGCUGCCGUACCUGAAGAACCAGAGCGAGGACUGUCUCUAUCUCAACAUCUAUACGCCCCAUCAACCCGAAGGUCAAAAGACUCUGCGGAAGUAUCCCGUGAUGGUGUUCAUUCAUGGAGAGAGCUUUGAAUGGAACAGCGGCAACCCUUACGACGGCACUAUAUUGGCAGCUUAUGGCAACGUCGUCUUUGUCACUAUCAACUUUCGCCUGGGCAUCCUUGGUUUCUUGAGGCCCGGGAUCAGGGACGACACAGCGAGCAAUUUCGGUCUUCUGGAUCAAAUUGCGGCGCUACUUUGGCUACGAGAGAACAUCGCCGAGUUCGGCGGCGAUCCGAACAGUAUUACUCUGGUCGGCCAUGGUACAGGUGCAAUUUUUGCUAACCUGCUGCUUAUCAGCCCUGUGGCUAAUAAGAAAGGUCUCUUCAGACGAGCUAUACUGAUGUCCGGAUCAGCGUUAAGCGCCGAUGCUAUCGGGAAAGCACCCUUGCAGAUCACCAAACAGGUGGCGCACGCCCUUCACUGCCCCACCACCACUGACAGCGAUCUGGCAAUAUGUUUGCGCGGCCAAGACGUGGACACUUUGCUGAACGUGAAGAUUCAUAAACCGAGUUACGUGCCUGCAUUCGCUCCGUUGAUCGACAACGCGGUCAUUCCGGACAAGCCUUACAACUUGAUGAAAAAUCCUCAGAUGUUCGACAGGUUCGAUCUGAUGUACGGUGUCACGGAAUCGGAGAAGUAUCACUUAUUGUCACCGGUGGAUCUGAUGCACGGGAUGUCGGAAGGUCAGAGGGACGCGGUCCUGAAGGAACACGCCAAGGCGACGCACGAGCUUGAAGCGGAAUUAAUCCUGUCCAAGAUUCUGGAACAAUACGGCGAUUUCUCGCCAGGAUUUCAGGGAGAGUACAUGCUGAAGAAUCGCGAUCUCGUGCUCGAGGCUCUAUCCGACAGCGGUACCGUCGCCCCGUUAAUAAUGGCCGCGAAUUUCCACUCGAGGGCGAACCCGAACAGCUACAUGUACGUCUUCGCGCAUCCGAAAGCGACGCAGGAGUACUCUGGCCAACAACGUAAGUACACCGUGCACAGCGAAGAGUUGCCAUAUUUGCUGGGCGCUCCUCUCGAUGGGUUGCGCGGCCGAUACGAUAUCGGCGAAACGCUCUUCUCCGAGGCUAUAAUGAACUGGUGGUGCAGCUUCGCCUACAUAGGGAACCCAAACGUGAAAGCAAUCUCAAAGCGAUAUCCGUACAUGAGGAAUGGAUUGAAGGAAUUGAGCCAGUACGACGUCGAUUGGCCCGAGUACGAUCCUCAGAAUCAGAGGUACCUCAAUCUUACGAUUCCACCGAGCACGGGUAUGCAGUACCGACUUGCUGAAAUGCAAUUCUGGAACGAGCAUCUACCCAAAAUGCUUCUUCAUCCUGGCAAAGACAUACCGUUGCCGAUCCGACCGAAAGGGCCGAGACCGCAAAUUCUCGACAUCGCUGAUGGGAUUGGAAAGUAUGCGAAUGCGAGUAGGGAUUAUGACACGUACGGUUCCAGAUUCAAGGAGGGGAGUCGGGGCGAGGCGGAGGUCGGGAUCACGGCGGAGGAGAGAUCGACGACCUCCGAGAUCGCCACCACCCCCCAGCCGUUGGAGGAAGAAGCGAUCCCACAGCCAAGCGCGCCCAAGAGUUCCUCCGUGAUCGCUAUGCUGACAGGUUUCGGCGCGUUGUUCUUGCUGAUCAACUUCACGGCGUGCCUCUAUCUGUACUGCAAGAAGCAGGAGACGAAGAUGAAGGGGGCAGGGGUGAAGAGGCGGGCGAGCCAGAAGGAAGGGAAAUCGGACAGGUACGAGAACCAUUAUGGGGAGCUCGGUUACAAGAGCGACAGUAAACCGGAUCUGAACGACGUGAUAAAGAACGACAAGGCGUACGACAACAACUCCAACUUCGGCAGACGGUCGAAAUUGUCGAGGCAGAGUUCCGGAUCCACUAUAGACACCCACAUCAAGGUUAGGGAAUGGAUACAACAGGAGAUAGUGCACAGGUGUUCCCCCAGGUUUCUCAGGAAGACGCGCGAAACGUUGCAAAAGGAGCAUCAGGACAAAUUGACGAAACAACAGCAACAAGAAGCGGAGAAGAAAAGGUUGGAGGAGGAGCUGUCGAAGGAAAGGAAAGAGGAGGCGCGGUACGACAAAGAUCCGACGCUGAUCGUACGUCCUGGCAAGAAAUCAAAAGUCCCGAAGGUAUCGGUGGCUAUCGACGCCACACCCGCGGCAAGGACCGAAUCGAUCCUGAACCAGAUGCCUAUCGAGCUGGCGAAGGGCGUCGAACCGGGUGUCGACCCGUUCAACAAGAGUAUCGAUUAUCCGAUGAUCGAUCCCAGCCAGUUGCAAGCAGCUCCUCAGGUGGUUGUCAUAGAGCACCAUCACUCGAAAAGCGAUCCGUUACCGAUGGAAAACGUGUUGAAGAGCGUGAAACCGAAUUUCUCCACGCCGAGGAUUUACGAAUCCGAUUCGGGGAGCACGAGCAGCCUCUACGCCAAGAUUAACCCCAAGUUGAAAUCCCGCUUGCCCCGCCCCGAAUUGAAUCGGGACGGAUCGGCGAUGGAUCAGACCGAGGAUAUUUACAUGAAAAUGGGGCCCAAGUUGACUACGUUCGCUGUCAACUGCCCCCCACCACCACCAGCUGCGGAUACUUGCGGGGAUAUAAACGUAACCUGCAGGGAGCCCAGUCCGGAGGAGAGGGAAUGCGUGAGCCCGGAAGAAGCCCUGAGGACCAUCAAGAGGAGAAACUAUCCGAAAGUUCUGCCAGACAUCGAGAAAAGGCGAUCCCUCCCGGCGCCCAGCAGCUUGUUCUCGUCCAAACAGGGCGCCGGUUCGUUGAAGGAUUACAGAAGCGGAUUCCACUCGUCUUCGUCCUCGUCCUCUCAUCAACCCCCCCAACCCCCGCCGAGGACGUUCGGCCCGUCCAAGAGCCUGGAGUUCGCCGAGGAGAGCGAGAAUCAAUCCGAAACGGAGACGAUCGUUACUAAUCUUCACGUCGGCUCGUUGCUCAGAAGGCAGGACUAUUCGGCGAAGAACAAUUCCGACCCGAGUAUCAUCGACUCUUUGGACGAAAGGAUGGACAACAGAUCAAGCAGGGUGCAGAGCGGCGGUGGCAGCGUGGACACGAUUUAUUCGAGCAACGCUAUGUGCCAUCCCGGUCACGAAAUCGGCCAACCGAUUUUCCAGAGCGUGGGCAAGGACAUAGGGAAUCCGAUCGCCUUGUUGCAGGCGGGUAUCGGUAAUCCCAACUGGUACAAAUCAACCCCGACGGGGAACGAUAUCUGUAUAGGGACGGCGUCCUCGGAGCCCAGGAUCACUAUCAGAGAAGUGGAGAGACAGCCUCAAUUCGGUGGCUCGAAUUGGGACACGAGGAUCCCCGGUUCCGAACCGAGAAUCGUGAUCACGCCCAGAGUCGGCAAUCUUCUCGGACAGAAUCAAAGCUUGAAUCGGACGGUGGUCAAUCUGUCGGGCACCACUUCCGACGAGAGGCUCGAGAACAGAGAAAUUAAAUCUUCCGCUCCGCACGAAUCGACCAAAUCCAAUAGCAGCUCGAUCGAGCAACUGGAGUCGGAUUGCCCCCUAACCUCGUGCUCCUCUCCCGACUCAGGAUUGCCGAGCGGCCAACCCAGUCAAGAGCCGCGAAAGGAGCCGCGAAUAAUAAUCACGGCCAGGGAUCCGAAGGCUUCCUCCUCGUCCUCGUCCAGCUUGAAACAACCGAAGAUCAUCAUCAAGCCUACGUCCAGCUUGCAGAGGAGCAGAGAUCACAGGAAUAUUCCGAAAGUGUCGGCCAUCCCGCCCCCGGAGCAGAGUUGCCAGAGUACCGAGAGGGACAAGCCCUCGGGUGAACAGAGGGAAAAGCCACCCUUGAAGGAGAAACCGAAGAUCACCAGGAUACCCUCGUUCUCGAGGCGCGUAGAGGAGCCCUCGGGCGGAACCGAGAGGGGGGCCGUCCCCUCCUACCCCGAGAAGGCGGAAAUCGUGCACAGGGUGGAGGCGGUGGCCAGCGGCAAAGUGGUGAACGUGACCGUGGCCUGCGAUGGGAAGUCGAGCAUUCCUACGUUGCAACGGAAGGAGGGUGAAAAGUGUUCGAGCGUCGAGUCGGGGACCGGGCCCUUGAAUACGGCCACGAUCAAAAAGAAACCGGCGAGCAAAAAGUGAGCAAGUAUCCAUCGUACGCUUCUUCCGCCAUUGUUCAACUUCGGACCGUUACUUUCGGCUGAGUAGAUUUCUAUGUUUCAAAUCAACUAUUCGGUCGUCCACUUGACGCUCUAAUCCUUUGCCGAUGGCUGCAACGAGGAAAGGGAGAGUAAUUGCUUUCUUUUUUCUUUUUUUUUUUUGCCCGUCUGGGAAGGAGAGAUUUGUAAAGGAUAAAAGGAUACACAGGAGAUAUCUUAUAGGGACCACGAAAUUGAGAAAUCCGAAGCGGUGUACGAUGUUCGUCGAACGAUACGAAGAUCGUGACGAGAUCGUGAUGAGAUCGAAGCGUGUUAAUUUCUAACGAUUUUUAUUGUUUUUAAAUAUUACUAUUUGUAGUAGAUGUAAUUUUUUCUUUUGUACCAUGUUCGGCAAUAUUUGCAAUCAUUAAAACGAAGAAAGUCAAGUAAUAAACACUUUGGAAUAAAGCGUUUCUUUAACCUUUAGUCGUGUAAUCGCAAUCAUCAUGCACAGUAUUAAUUUUAUAUAAACGAUAUGCCUAUUAAACGAUAUAUAACGAUCUAAUCUACGCUAUGCUAAUUAAAAUGAUCUAUUAUUAUUUAACACCAUAUUUAUUUACAUAUUUAAACACUAGUGACCACCGAUUAUUUCUUUAAUCUCUCCAAUUAUUUUUCCGUGUAUAAAUUGCUCUCUUAAUUACUCUUAUCUCGAACGAAUAUUUCCCUCUUUUUUUUUUUUUUCUUACCACGUUAUCGAACGUCUUGUACGCGCUCGGUGUAUGCACACGAGGCUCGAGGUAAAUGAUUUUCAUACCGUUAUACGGACGGAGCAACGUGGGCUGAAAGUGUUUCCCUGAGCUGGGUGUCGCGGCGAGUCUCUGGUAUCAUUUUUCAGUACGCGGUUGGCGUACCAUUUAUCUUGUAACUUUAUCCACUGGAACUUUAUUAUUAAGUAAAACAAAGUCUAUAAGUCACACAGCGUUGUAGGGAGAGGUCUGGCCGCUGUCACAUGUAAGGGGUGAGAGGAGUGCGAGACUUGUUGGAAACGACGUGAGAACGAUUCCAACGGAGUGAUGCGAUUUCUCUAUGGCGUCGACGAAAGAAAAUCGAAUGUUACUUUUCAUAUGACUCUUUUUUCCUCGAUUACAUUUGUGUAACGGCGGUGCCAUUUAUAUGAUGCGUGUAACGUAAUUUUUCAUAAUAAUAAUUUUCCAAAUACGUAGAAGUGAAAUUUUCCGUAAAUUGUUCGUUUCUUUCUUCGCUUUUUCAUUGUCUCUUGUGACAUUGUAAAAAAAAAAGAGAAAAAACAGUAAUUCGAAGGCGAAUUCGGAAUUUUAUUCCGAGUUGCAAAAUAAAAGUGUAAUCAUUGAGUA